GGCACUCGUAAUUAAUUACCCUAAAUUUGGAGUUUAAGUUAAGUCGGCGAUAUUAAACGGAGCGUGAUGAAACUGAAGCAGUGAAAUAUAUAAACUGAGAAACUUUUCAUUUGAUCCGUUGAGGUUUUCGAUUAGUGGAGUUGUCUUGAGUGUUUUGAAAUGGAGAAUGGAGAGAACAUUCUGGAUGCGAUUUUCGAAGAGGAAAUUUUGAACGAUGUUGAAAUGGUCGACGUUGAAGAAGGGGAAUUAGUGGAGCAGGAGCAGAAACAGGAACAAGAUGAUUCACGAAAUGUUUCUGGACAAAACGGUGUCGUGGAAGCUGAUAACACGAAACCGCAGAGUAAGAACCGAAGGCGUAAAAACAAGAGAAACAGAAGAAAAGGUUCAGGAAUAAACGGUGCCGUUGAUAUUAACAGGUUUGUGAUAGAUGUAUGUCGGCGGCUGAAAGAGAAAAAGUCAUACAUGGUAUAUACAGCUGUUGCUUGCCUUGGAGUUUCUUCAUUGAGUGAUCUCAUCAGUGAGGUGGAUGCUAUACAGUCCUGUGGAGGUCAGAAGACUGUUGAUGGUAGCCGAUUUCGGACAAGGGGUGGGGUAUUGUGGAACAUAAUUAAGGUUCGAGAACCAAAUGCUUACAAAGAGAUCAUGAAAAAAGCAAAGGAGUUUGAGAAGCAGUUCAGGCAGCCAAAUGUUAACAGGCCACCUCUGCAAAGGAAAGAGAAUUCUUCUUUAGGGGAGGAGGCAUCUACAUUUGGUAGCAGGCCUCAGGGCAAUGUUUCUGAGAAACCCUUUUCUGCAUUACAAAGGCAAAAUCAACCUGAACCAUCAGGAGAAGCGAAACGUAGCUCUGUUCAUGACAGAGUAAGGAUACCUGUUUCUUAUGAUGAUGACUUGCUCGAACUAAGCACGGAUAACAACCCAACCUGAUUCGGGAUGAAAAGGGGCCUUCAUACUGUGACUCUUUUUUCAACCCUUUAUCAAAAUUUACAUCUCUUUCUCAUUCUCA